AUUUAAGUUUGUGUAUUUAAACAAUCAGAUAUUGCUCUACUGAACGUUAUUUCAGAUUUAUCCAUUGUUUGGCGAUGGCGUGUAUAUUUCGUUUGCUCUGGCUAGUGCACUACAUACAAUCUAAACCGUUUGUGGGAUUUCCCUUUUCACCGUCCUUGAACAUGCCGGAUAGCUUCUGCAGUCCCAGCCUCCCCGCCCCCCUGCUUGCUGCUAUGGGAGCACUCUAAGCGGGAUCCCCGACCUCCUUGGCUCCGGAAGGUGGCGGAUUGGGACUGGGAAAGGAGCUGAGCUAGUACCGAAAAAACAAGGAUUGUAAAAGGUCAGGCUUUAAAACCGCCCCUCUGCGAUGUCAAGAGAACAGGAUGCUGUCUCCCGAACUGGAAACUGAUACUGCUGCGGAGGAGACAGCAGCCAGCACCCUGAAUGGAGGCGAGGAUACCCCAGCCAGCAUCGAAGUCUUGGAAGAGCAGCGGCCGGUGAAGCAGUCCCUGAGUGCCUCCAUGUGGCGUGAGUCCCACUGGCGCUGCCUGCUGCUUUCGCUGCUCAUGUAUGGCUGCCUCGGUGCUUUGGCCUGGUGCCAGCUGACCCGCGUCACCAAGCUGAGCUUCGACUCCUCUGCCACCUCCUCCCUUACAGCCUCCAUCUCCUCCCUGCGGGGGGGCGGUGGGGACGGGCGCUCCAUGAUCUACCACGACAGCCCAUGCUCGGACGGCUACGUCUACAUCCCCCUGGCCUUCCUGCUCAUGCUGUAUGCUGUCUACCUGGUGGAGUGCUGGCACUGCCGUGCCCGCAGUGAGCUACAGUGCAAAGCCAACGUGGACAGCGUGUAUGAGCGCGUGCUGCGCAUGCGGCAGGCACGCCCCUGCGUCUGGUGGAAGGCCAUCAGCUACCACUUUGUUCGCCGCACGCGGCAGGUCACGCGUUACCGCAAUGGUGAUGCUUACACCACCACGCAGGUCUACCAUGAGCGUGUCAACACACACGUGGCCGAGGGGGAGUUUGACUAUGGCCGCUGCGGCGUGCGGGAUGUCUCGCGGGCCCUGCGGGGUCUGGAGGGCCACCCCGCUACUAGGCUGCGCUUCACUAAGUGCUUCAGCUUCGCUGGGGCGGGGCCAGAGAAUGCCUACCUCAACCAACGUGCCCGCUUCUUCUCAGAGAUCGAGGGGUUGGACGACUACAUGGAGGCACGGGAGGGGAUGCAGCUGAAAAACGUGGACUUCAAGGAGCACCUAAUUGCCUAUGUGGACCCCGACAGGCUGCCCUGGUAUGCCUCCCAGGUGGCCUUCUGGCUGGCAGCUCUACUCAUGCUGUCCUGGCCCUUGCGCGUGCUCAUGGAGUACCGCACAGCCUACGUGCACUACCAUGUGGAGAAGCUCUUUGGGCUGGAUUACAGCAACAGCAGCCCCUCCCCCUCUGGGGAUGACGCCCCCCUCCGGAGCGGUGCUUAUGGCCUCCCAAGAGCAGAGACUGUGGACAGCACAGAGCUGGAGUGGCAUAUCCGCUCCAACCGCCAGCUGAUCCCCAGCUACUCGGAGGCCAUGCUGAUGACCCUGGGUGGCUCGGGCUCAGGGGAGACUCGCUCGUCUGACGGUUUCCUGCAGAAUGGCAGCAGGGAACGGAGCUAUGGAGCGCUGGUCCAGGACUGUGAGCACUGCUGCCAGCUGCAGGACGGGCACGGCAGGGCAGCCACCAGCUCCAGCUGCUCCUCUAUCUUCUCCCGGCAUGCUUUCCACUCGCGGCUGUCGCUAGACACGUCUCACUUCUCGCUGUGCCGCAUGUAUGGCUCGCGGCACACUGUGGGGCUGUGGCGGAGCCAGAGCAGCACGCUGACGGAGCGCUGCUGCCUGGACGAGCCGUGCUGCCGCUCCUACUCCAGCCAGCUUGCCCUGAGCGACAGCCCGCCCACCUACCAUGAUGCCCGCUUCUUCCCUGUGCUGAUUGUGCACCGGCCGGAGGGCUGCGGGGACUCCACAGAGGUGCGACGCUACUACAUCCGACGGGGGUCCUGCUGUCUGGAGACAUCACUCUGAACCCCCCCCACCCGCGCUCAGACUCUGUGCUUGGUCUGGGACAGCACUGUCAGGCCGGUCUACUAAGACGCCCAGA